UUAGGCCGGUUUAUCGGUGAUAUGAGCCGAUUAAUCGGCCAGAUGGGUCGAUUAGCCGAGCUGCCGAGUAGGGGUAGGGUUAGGUUAAUUUUUCCCCUUUUGGCUUCAAAUCAUUUGAAAUUAGCACCGCUACUUGUAAAAAUAGAUGUAGGCUAAUAAUUGUAGGCUAAUAAUAGUUGUUGUUGCUAUUUUCAGGGAUGUCGGAGCGGCAAGAUCCGGUUUGGGUACACGGGGACAACAUAUAUCCCGGAUUCAAGUGCAAGUAUUGCAAGAAACAGUGGAAGGGUGGUGGUGCUACACGUUUCAAGCAACACCUUGCAUCGUGUGGGGGGAAUGUGCAAGGUUGUCGCACCGUUCCACCGGACACUGCCGAUUACUUUCGGCGUGAGCUAGACAAGGUCCAUGAUAAAAGAAAAGCAAGAGUAGCGGAAGAGGCACGAAAGUUGCAAGCGGCGGGUUCGCAUCGUGUUUCCGAUGAUGAUGAUGAUGCGGAGUUACAGGCCGCAAUGCGUGCGUCGAGAGAGGAGGAGCUUAGGAUGCGUGCUCGCGCGAGCGGUGGCACGUAUGAGACGGGUGGUGGCUCGUACCAAGGUGGUCUCCGUGCCGCGUUUGGGAGAAUAGGUUCUAGGAAGGAGAAGCCACAUAUGGUGCAGACAAGGAUUGAUACGGGUCCGUUCUCUAAGGCGGGAAAGAAUGCGGUCCAUUUUGUUGGUCAGCAGUGGGCUAAGUGGUUCCAUGCGGAGGCGAUUCCAGGGCAUAAAGCAAACAGUCCAUAUUUCAUCAAUGCAUUUAGAGAGACGCAAAAACAUGGUGAGUGUGGAUCCAAAGUUUAUCAUUGUCAAUCAAUGUCGUACAUUUCUCUCAUUCAUGUUGUACCUGACAUGUAGGUGAAGGGGUCAGAUAUCCGAAAGGAUAUUUGAUUGACAAUCGGUAGUUAGAUGAGAAUGAGAAGGAUUUGCAGGAUGAUUUCACAAAGUUCAAGGAGGACUGGCCAACAUAUGGACUUACCAUCAUGUGCGACUCACGGACAGGACCGACCCAAAUGUCAGUGAUUAAUUUCAUGUUAUUUUGUAAUGGUGUUAUGUUCUUCCAUAAAUCAGUGGAUGCAACGGGUAAAUCCCAGGAUGCGAAUUACCUAUAUAAGGUAAUUUCAUUAUCAUUUUAUGGUUGGUUGAAUGCUAUUCUAUGCGCCUCUUAUUGUUGUAAUUUGGACGAUGCUUGUAGGAAAUCAUGGACGUGGUCACCGAAAUUGGUCCAGAGCAUGUGGUCCAGAUUAUCACUGAUAAUGGUGCGAACCACAAAAAGGCAUGACGUAUGGUAGUCGCGAAGCACCCUACUAUUGUGUGGCAGCCAUGUGUCGCUCAUACCAUAAAUUUGAUGUUAAAGGAGAUUAGAAAUUUUCCUGAGCAUGAUGUUGUGAUUCAAAGUGCUAGACGGGUAUCACGGUUUCUUUACAACCAUAACAAGCUACAUUCCAUGAUCAAGGAGGCAAUUGGUGGGGAGUUGGUUCAAUGGAAUGCCACUAGGUUUGGAACAAAUUAUGUUUUCUUAGAGAGCUUUCUUCGUCGGAAGGACAAGUUCAUGGUGUGGAUGGGUUCUCAGGGAUUCCUACAAAGCAAGUUUAGUAGUAUGCCAGAAGGGAGGUACACUCAUCAAACCCUUACGAGCCUGUCAUGGUGGGAUGAAUUGAAGUAUGUGGUUGAUGCGACUGAGCCAUUAUUUGGUUUUCUUUGCUUCGCUGAUGAGGACAGGAAGGGAACGCUUAGUGAGGUGCUCCUACAAUAUACCUUAGUGAAAUCUCAGUAUGAAAGUUUGUUCCAAGGUCGUCCGAGCGAGUACAAAAAGUAUAUAAAGGUGAUAAAAAAAGAAUGGCGGAUCUUACAAAUCAGACCUACGUCAAUGGUGGUAAGUACUAUAGUUAGCACAGUUUCUUUAAAUGUUACUAUUAUGAAUCGGUACUAACUAGAUGUCACACAGCUGCUGCUUUGAACCCUCGGACACACUAUGCGUAUGGCACUACUGUUUCAGUGAUGAGUGAUCUUCGGCAUGCAUUCGAAUAUAUGACUGAUGUGGAUACCGCAGCCGCAGCACUGCAGGAGGUUGAGUUCUACAGAAGAAAGCAAGGGGAGUUUGGUAGACCUUUGGCUGAAAAAAUGGCGUACGAUCACAACACUUCGCCUGGUAAGUAAUUACCCGUUGUCGCAAGUACAUUAAGGCUUUUGUACGUCAUGUGAAUGUGCUACGUUUUGCAGCAUCAUGGUGGGACAUGUUUGGUUCAGACACUCCGACGUUACAAAAGCUUGCUUUGAGAUUGGUUUCACAGUGUUGUUCCUCUAGUGGUUGUGAGUGCAAUUGGAGCACAUUUGCUUUGGUGCACACAAAGGUGAGGAAUCGGCUGUCGCAUAAGAAGCUCCAUAAGCUUGUAUAUGUUAACUACAACCUGAGGCUACGCCUAAAGGAUGCAAUUGGGUUCACAAGUGUGCAAGGGGAGGAUGAUCCAUUUUCACAGUUGAUGGAAUUAUCCUUAUAUGACACAAACAAUCCAAUCCGUCAGUGGAUGGAAAUGGGUCGCUCAAACGCGGAUCCAUUGCUAGAUGAGGAGGACACCGAGAGUGACCCACCGUUGCCAUCAAGCAUCGUGGCUCAAGGCACUUCAAAAGACAAUUUGGUUAAGUGGACAAAGAAGAAUGUGGGGGACACUCAUGUUGGUAAGAGAAAGGCGCAGUUCGUACAACGAAAAACAAGCAAGAAAGGAAAGAAAGCAGUGGCUAGCGAUGAUGAUUCUGAUAGUGGUGAUAAAAGUCCACAAUACAUUGAGUCUGCCGAUAGCAGUUCGACGACGUCUUCUGAUGAUGGUGGUGGUGGUGGUGGUGGUGGUGGUGGUGGUGGCGGUAGCGGUGGUGGUGGUAGUGGUGGUGCUGGUGGGUCUCAGAUGGCUCCGAUACAAUUCACAGGGGAGUCCCAGUUCGAAUACGCUACACAAGACCAAGAUCACGGCGCACCUGAGGAGCGUAGGACCACUCACACAGGGAUCAGACACCAAGGCCUACAACAAGCAUAUUGGACCCCUGAUUCUAGCAACGAAAGACAAGGUUCAUCUUCACCCCUGCUUCCCUAUGUCAAUUAUCUGGUUGGUGAGGUAACACAGCAACCAACGAGGUGAGUGUACGAAUGGGAGGACCCUGAGUACUACCAAAUGUUGGUGGAGUCGUGGAGUACGACUUCUGCGUGGACCAGUCAGACUUGGGUAGAGUACAAGGCCCAGUUGAUGCGUGACCAAGGUAUUAUGUUGCUAUCAACGGAGGAGUACAAUAUGGCACAGGCACAAUAUCAGUGGAAUGCCCCGUGGGAAUGAUCUUCGACGGAGGAUCAACUGUGAACUAUAAAACAUGUAUCUGUAUCUUCGAUGUUGUUUGUGAACUAUGAAACAAUGUCAUGUAAUGUGUUUGAACUGCUAAAUGUUGUUAUUGGACUUGUGAUAAUGUUUGGGUCAUCUUUUGUUCAAAUUAUGGGACCUCAAUGUGCUUUAUUUGCAAAAAUACAUAUGGAUCGGUUUUGGAUUCUAUGCGGCCGGUUUAUCAGUCGUAUCGGCCGGUUUAUCGGCCGUAUCGGCCGGUCUAUCGUUUGGAAACCGGUUCGAAUUCAAAAACUGUCCAAACUCGAUUUCGGCUGGUUUCUACCGGUUUUCGCCGGUUUAUCGCGAUAAAUCGGUUAUCGGUGGUGGCCGGUUUUAGCCUUAGAACCGGUUUCUUAAACCCUG